AGUGCCAAUGUCAAUUCAAAUCAAACCAAAAUGCAAAAAUCUGUCACUAGUCAGUAAGAUACGAUGGGCAACGCGGAUUUUGAUUCUGCUGAAGAAAAUUGGGAUGAGAGCGCAGAAGACUACUAUGCAUUUUUAAAUAUUCCCAGAGAGGCCACCAAAGAAGAAAUAAAUAAUGCUUACAGACGUCUUAGUCGCAUUUAUCAUCCCGAUAAACAUUUGGAUCCCAAUCUCAAGAGCAAAGCUGAGAUUUUAUUCAAUAAAACCAAAAAAGCCUAUGAAGUUCUUUCUGAUCCUCAUCGACGAGCUAUAUAUGAUUCGCUAGGUGUCAAAGGACUGGAAACUGAAGGUUGGGAAAUUGUGAAAAGGCAAAAAACUCCUGCUGAAAUAAAGGCAGAAUAUGAGCAACUAGCCGAGGAGAGAGCAGAAAGAUUGAAACAGCAAAGAACAAAUCCUACUGGGAAUGUUACUAUUGCUGUGAAUGCUACAGAUUUUUUCAAUACUUAUGAUGAAUCGUCAUUAGAAGAUGAUUAUGAGGAUGUUUUUAGCUUACCAAAUAUUGAAGUGUCCUUGAUGCAGUUUUCACAAUCUAUUGAUUUUCCACUUACACAAAAAGAUACUUGUACUUUAUCAGGUCAGUUACAUACACAGAAUGGAACAGGAGGGGGUGGAAUUAAUUGUAGUUGGAGACAUAUAUUCUCUCAUCGUAGUUGGGCAGAAGUUGAAGUGACUGCUGGUAAUGGACCAGCCUUAUCAUUCAGAGGAUUUAGAACCCUUACCAAAAGGUUCUUUUUGAAUGGGGGUACUAUAUUACAAUUCACACCAGAAGGUAUCAAACCUGGACUAAUGUCGACACUUGCGAUGCAAAUUGAUAGGCAUUCAGUAGGUUACAUAACCUAUCAUGGAGGUAUCAGGUCAUUGUUUUCAACUUCCAUAGUGAGAGAUACAGAGUUUAACCACUUUAAUUUUGCCAUUCAGUUGGGUCUUCCUCAUUCUCAUGUAACUUUCAACUAUACCAGGAAAAUGAUAAGCCAGGAAAUGAAAUUCCGACUUGUUGUAAAAAUAGGCACUUUCGGAGGUAUGGUUGAAUAUGGCGCAGAAAAAAAAGUUUCAAAACACAGCAACCUAUCGUUUGCUGUAGUAGUUGGUGUUCCUACUGGUGUUAAACUCAAAAUAAGAUUAACAAGAGCUAAUCAAGUGUACAGUUUUCCAAUUCAUUUAUGUGAGGAAAUUCUUCCAUCACCAAUUUUUUAUGCUACUGUCGUACCUGUUGUACUGUACACUAUAGUGAAGAAAGGAGUUGUGGAACCAUUCCUAAAAGAACAGAAGGCUUCGAAAGCUGAAAAACAAAGACAAAAUAACUUAAAUAACCUACUGGAACGAAGGAAGGAAGCACAAGCUGCUCAAGAAUUAAUGAUGGCUUCUUAUAACAGGAUUAAAGCUGAGGAGGAAAAUAAAAACGGACUUAUUAUAUUGCAGGCUGUUUACGGAAAAUUAAUUACAGAUAGAAAUGCUAGAACAAAUGAAAUGAACACUCAGAUACUUGACGUCACCAUACCAGUACAAUGUUUAGUGAAAGAUAGCAAAAUUGUAUUGCAUGAGAAUACAAAGAGUCAGCUACCAGGUUUUUUUGACCCAGCUGUUGGAGAAGAUAAGUUAUUGCAUAUUAUAUACUCUUAUAAGCAAUUACAGCACGAGGUCACCGUCCAGGAUAAUGAAAGCUUAAGGUUACCUAAAACUGCUCAUCGUACAAACAUCAGUUAGUGGCUGAGGAUUCACCUAGAAAUAAUUCAGGAUGAAGUUGGAUUACAACAGGUAGAGAAAAUAUGUUAUUGUACAUAGUUGAUUUAUAUGAUGUCAAUACUGAUAAGGAGUAUUCGAAUUGUUGAAUAUUUGAAAUGGAAAAACUUGUUUUCAUCAUUGUUGUCUUUCCACUAGCAAAUAAAACUCGAAAUCAUGAAAUAUGAA